AUGCAGAACUUCUACAACUUCACCGCGCAGGACGUCUUCACCCUGCCGGCGUCGACCGAUAAAAUUUCUGUUGCGCCAGACAAGCUCCUCGUGACUAGUCUCACGAAAGUGAUGCUCCGGGUCCUGGAUCUGGGCGAGAAAGGCGUCGAGACCCACAGCUUCGAGACCCGGAGCGUGGUGGACGAAUUGGCGUACUGCGAGGCCAAUAAUCAUAUCGCAACGGUCGAGGGCAAAAUUCUACAGGUUUAUCGAUCAUGGUGGUCCGACCUCAGAUUGACCACAAUAGGUGUGGCCGUUUGCUUCGCCUGGUGUAAGACCAGUGGUCGCUUAGCAGUGUUCGACGGUCGCAAAAUCACUGUCUACGAAGAUCUCGAGCCCUCGUUCGAAGUCCACGGAGUGGAGGAAGUCGAGCAAAUUCGUCUGAGCGAAAACGUAGUGGCUCUCAGUACUUCGAAGUUCACGCUUGUGUUCACGCUCCUCGAGGAGAAGUAUGAGACACCGGACGAUGAAAUCAUCUGGAAUUUCGACUCACCGGAUCUGAUCGUCAAUCGGCAAUCUCUCUCAUCGCUCACGAGUACCGAGGGGGGCUCCCGAUCUGAGGUACCUGAAGAUUUCAACGAAGCUUACCGGCCCGGUAGGCCAAUAUACGGCCUGAACAUCACAGUUGAGAACUUGUGCAGUCAUUCGAAAUAUCAGGCGAAAGUCAUCCUGUUCAAGAGGGUUCAGCCACACUUCAUGCAGCUUGUGUCAUACGUGAAUCGCUCCGAGGAGAAGAAUCAAGAUCCGCUCUCCCCCGAGAAGGGCGAAGUCGAAUACGUGACCCUCAUCAUCGCCCAUGGAAACAAAUGCGAACUAUUCGGGGUCCUCGGAGCAGAUGCUAGAGGUGAAUUGGAACUCCCCGAGAAGCCCGGGAGUCUCGCGGUGGACGAAUGCUUUCUUCACAUCUUGACGCCAUCGAUGCUGCGCACCUAUUCCGUGCCCAUACCGGGAAUCACGAAAGAUUGGGACCCUUUCCUGUUGAGUACGCAUUUGAUGAGCAUGAAUUGUUUAUUGAUGUCUCAGGACCACCUGGUUGUGGUGAGUGGUCGUGAUAUGGGCGACGUCACCGUUUAUUCUUUGCUGAAGCCAACCACCAGUGAAUUCUACGGGGAUCUUGUGCUCUCUCGGGACCGCGUUGUUCUACGACGGGCGGAAGACGUGGUACGUCUUCAGGUUCGAGUUCACGGCGAAGCGUGUUCGGAGAGACUGUUGGAAUUCUAUCGUCGUAUCGAGGAUGCCGCCCCGCGUCUGACUAUCGAUGCUGCGCUCAGGAACUCUUCGCCCGACUCCGGUGUGGUGGAAGAAGCUCUGGAGAAUUCUGAUAUCAGAGAAUUGUUGACGGAGGAAGGAUUCCUCACAGAGCUCGGCAGUACGCUGCUCUGUAAAUAUCCAUCCAUGUUGCCGCUAGUCUUGAACAAAUGUACCUACAUAAGUCCAAAAGUUCUGCGAGAAAAGAUCGCUGUCGCCACUCCGGACAUUGCGAUGGCGAUAUGUGAUUACGUAUGCAAUCAUCUGCACAGGGGGGGCGAGGCUGGAAAACUCCAUAAGAGGAUGAUCACCAGAAAUAUACCGGACUGGGUGUACGAACUCCCGCCGUUCGAUGGCCGGGGACCGGACGCGAAAUGUAAAGAAGAAGAGAAUUGCGUAUGCCUCCGAUGCACAGCGGGCCUGCUCUACGGCGUCGUCGUCCUGGCGAGCGCCCCGAAGAAGAUUCGGCACGAGGUUCUCAUGCCUGAGCUUCUGGAUGAAUCUUCCAUUCCCGAUCUUUUGAAACUCGCCUGUCUCCUGCCCUUAUCGAAGUCAUCAUCCGCGGAUCCGGAAGAUUUCGAGCCCGUCUCGGGAAUCAUCGUCAGACUCGCGCAGAAGUACACGAAGACUUCUCAGCCGCUCGCCCAACAUCUGCUUACGGCGUUGAGCGAUGUCUUAUCCCUGACGGACUUCUUGAAAUGUGUGCCGGAAUCGUCACCGAGCCUGCUACCUUGGGUACAAAACGGACUCAUGCGGGAACGUGCGAGGAAGCUCAAGCAGGAGAUCGUGAGCCUCGGGACGGAAAUCAGGCCUUUGUUGCCCUGA